AUGAUUCGCACAUUUGUUUUGCUCUUUUUGUUGUAUCUGGUUGGUGCGUUUGAUGAUGUUGAGUCACAUGAUGUGGAGUCAGUAUCAGUGAUGGAGGGAGAAUCUGUCACUCUACACACUGAUGUUACUGAAAUACAGAGAGAUGAUGAAAUCGAGUGGAGAUUUAACAGCAUUCGCAUAGCUAAAGCAAAUAUUCCUGAAUAUGGAAAUUAUGAGAGAUUCAGAGACAGACUAAAGCUGGACAGAACUGGUUCUCUGACCAUCAAGAACACCAGAACCACAGACUCUGGGGACUAUAAAGUUAGUACCAUUAUCAAUAAUAUUGAGACAACCAAGAGAUUCAGUGUUACUGUUUAUGCUCCACUAUCCAUUCCUGCCAUUACCAGUGACAUUUCACAAUGUUGCUCAUCAGCAGAAAGUUCAUCAAGCCCAAAAAGUGUGCUGCUGUGUUCAGUGGUGAAUGUGAGUCAUGUGACUCUCUCCUGGUACAAAGGAAACAGUUUAUUGUCCAGCAUCAAUGCACUGCAAAAAAUGUGUGUGUCUGAUCUCAGCAUCAGUCUCUCUCUACAUCUGGAGGUGGAAUAUCAGGAUAACAACACCUACAGCUGCGUGGUGAGCAAUCCCAUCAGCAACCAGACCAGACAUUUCUGCAUUACCGAUCUCUGUCUUCCCUCUUUAGAUGAAGUCCAUUAUUGUAAAAGCACUGAAGCUGUGAUCCGAUUGGUCGUCACUGCUCUGGUGGGUCUGGCUGCUGCGGCUGCGUUCUUUGUGCUGGUUUAUGACAUCAGAUCCAGAAGAGUUGAACAGGAGAGACAUCAGGCCCUCAAUGAUGGAUCAGAUAUUCUAAAACAAGAAUAA